AUGACUUCCACAUUACCAACUGAUAGGAAUGAAGAACGUAGGCGCAGGGUGCUACUUGGACCACUUCCUGCUGGAUUCCUCCGAGCAGAUGGCACAGCUGAAAAUGUUGAUGCGGAUUAUCAAGCUGCCCUUGCUUUGCAACAACAACUAUGUGGAGCAACGGUGCCAGCUGCAGGUCCGCCGUUGACUGCUAGACUCAGCAUCACAAUCGUUCAGGCAAAACUGUCUAAAAAUUAUGGUCUCACCCGCAUGGACCCGUACGUACGCCUUCGCGUUGGACAUUGCAUAUACGAGACCCACACGGACCCCAGCGGCGGAAGAACGCCGCGAUGGAACAAAGUAAUUCAUUGCCUCCUCCCGCCGGGUGUGAACUCCAUCUACCUGGAGAUAUUCGACGAGUGCUCCUUCACUAUGGACGAAUUAAUCGCCUGGACGCAUAUUAACAUACCACAGGCGGUGCUGAAUGGUGAAACCCACGAGAACUGGUAUCCAUUGAAUGGCAAACAAGGCGAUGGAAAGGAAGGCAUGAUCAAUUUGGUGCUUAGCUACUCUGUGGGCCCGGCAGCGGUGGCGACGUUCCCGCCGAUUAUGGUGGUGCCGAGCACAGGCAUGGGCUACGCGGCCAUGCCCGUGUACCCCGCGCCGCACCCCGCGCCCCUGCAGCACCCCGCGCCGCACCAGCACCCCGCGCCGCACCAGCACGUUUCCGCGGAACAAUUGCAGCAGAUUGAGGAGAUGUUCCCGAGCAUCGACAAAGACGUGAUCAAGUCUGUACUGGAAGCGAACCGCGGCAACAAGGACGCGGCUAUUAAUUCCUUACUGCAGAUGUCCGAGUAA